AUGGCAAAAAGCGGUGAGCAGGAACAGUCAAGAUGGAUAACAACAGUUGUUAUGAGUACAGCUCUGCAGAAUCAUCAAAUUUCUGCAACUCUACAGAGGCAACAACACCGAGUUCGUUAUUCAGAAUCAGUGGAAAUUGGAUCCAUCAUUUUUCCUCUUUCUGGUGUUGCAUUUUUACUGGCAGACACUCAAGACUUGCUUAUGACAGGGGAGGAAGAGUUUUUCACAAGAAUUCAUAAGUUCGUAAACAUUCAUCGGAACAGUUUUUUGGUUUUGUCAGCUGCUCUUCAUGGACCAGAAGAAUGGAACGUCAUGUUUAGGAUUCAGAAAAGAUUCCUGGGCAGUAAUUUACAUAUAAUACCAGUUCAUAAUAUUGCUGAAACUGUUAAGUUAAUCCUAACUAUAGCUAAGAUAACGUCCAAGCAACGAGCAGAUGACAGUCAUGACAAAAUAGCAAUGACAAAAGCCCAAAUAAUAGAAAACAGUCCAGCUUGGAAGAUGCUUCAGGAGUACCAGUUCCAUGGUAAUUAA